AUGGCCGUGCUCAUUGAGCCAGUAGUAUUUCCUCCUCUCUACCCGCUCCUCCUUCCUCUGCUCGUCAUCGUCCCCUUGCUCUACCUGGUCCGCUCGUCGUCGCGUCGGAACGGAGGAGUCCGACGGCGGCUGCCGCCGUCUCCGUGGGCGCUCCCCGUCAUCGGCCACCUCCACCACCUCGCCGGCGCGCUCCCGCACCGCGCGAUGCUGGACCUGUCGCGCCGCCACGGGCCGCUCAUGCUGCUCCGGCUCUGCGAGCUGCGCGUCGUCGUCGCCUCCUCCGCGGACGCCGCGCGGGAGAUGCUGAGGACGCACGACCUCGCGUUCGCCGGCCGCCCCAUGACGCCCACGGGCAGGGUCCUCCUCGGGGACAGCCUCGGCGUCAUCGCCGCGCCCUACGGCCGCGCGUGGCGGCAGCUCCGCAUGAUCUGCACCCUGGAGCUCCUCACCGCCCGCCGCGUCCGCUCCUUCGGCCCCGUGCGCGCGGAGGAGGUCGGCCGGCUGCUCCGCUCUCUGGCGCCGGAGCCGGGCUAGGCUCCGGCCGCGGUG